CUCGCCCCGCCCCGUCCGGCGGCCUGGGCGGUUGCCAUGGAGGCACCGAGCGGGGAGGGGCGGCCGCGGUCCGGGUCGGGCUCCAUCACCCACCUAGGCCCGGGCCUCGGCGGAGGUUUUCUCCGCUGUCCCCUCAGGGAAGACCGAGGGAGGCUCGGCCCCGGCCCCAGCGGCAGCUUCCUCAGAGGCCUCCUCUGGGAAGGAUGGGAGAGACCGGGGCGGGGCGGCGGCGGCGGCGGCGGCAGCAGCGGUAGCGGUUGCUGUCGCAGCAACCGCUUCUUUGGGGGGGUCGUUCGGGAAGGCCGAAAGAGCCCUAGACCAAGCUGCUGCUUCCUUCGUAGAUGGGAGAGGCCCAGCUCAGCUCAGAUCAAUAAAUCAGAGAAGCCUGAAAGCUGUGACAAUGUCAAGGUGGUUGUUCGAUGUCGACCCUUCAAUGAAAGAGAAAAGGCAAUGUGCUACAAAUUGUCUGUUACUGUGGAUGAGAUGAGAGGAACUAUUACAGUACAUAAAACAGAUUCUUCAAAUGAACCUCCAAAGACAUUUACAUUUGAUACAGUUUUUGGACCAGAAAGUAAACAACUUGAUGUUUAUAACUUAACAGCAAGACCCAUUAUUGAUUCUGUUCUAGAAGGCUACAAUGGUACUAUAUUUGCAUAUGGACAGACUGGAACUGGAAAAACAUUUACCAUGGAAGGUGUACGAGCUGUACCUGAACUUAGAGGAAUUAUCCCAAAUUCAUUUGCUCAUAUAUUUGGUCAUAUUGCAAAAGCAGAGGGAGAUACAAGGUUUUUGGUUCGAGUAUCUUAUUUGGAAAUUUAUAAUGAAGAAGUGCGUGACCUUCUAGGAAAGGAUCAGACACAAAGAUUAGAGGUUAAGGAAAGACCUGAUGUGGGAGUUUACAUCAAAGAUCUAUCAGCUUAUGUAGUAAAUAAUGCAGAUGAUAUGGAUAGAAUUAUGACAUUAGGCCACAAAAAUCGUUCGGUUGGUGCAACCAAUAUGAAUGAACACAGUUCCCGUUCCCAUGCUAUAUUUACAAUUACCAUUGAAUGUAGUGAAAAAGGUAUUGAUGGAAAUAUGCAUGUUCGGAUGGGCAAACUACACCUUGUAGAUCUUGCUGGUUCAGAAAGACAGGCAAAAACUGGAGCUACUGGACAGCGACUGAAAGAAGCAACAAAAAUUAAUCUUUCACUCUCCACUCUGGGUAAUGUCAUUUCUGCCUUGGUUGAUGGAAAAAGCACUCAUGUACCCUAUCGAAAUUCAAAAUUGACUCGUCUUCUUCAGGAUUCUUUAGGAGGAAACUCAAAGACCAUGAUGUGUGCAAAUAUUGGGCCUGCAGACUACAAUUAUGAUGAGACUAUUAGUACAUUGCGAUAUGCUAACCGUGCCAAAAACAUUAAGAAUAAAGCUAGAAUUAAUGAAGAUCCAAAGGAUGCUUUGCUUCGCCAGUUUCAGAAAGAAAUAGAAGAACUCAAAAAAAAGCUUGAAGAAGGGGAAGAGAUUUCAGGUUCUGAUAUCAGUGGAUCAGAAGAUGAUGAAGAUGAAGAAGCUGAGGUUGGAGAACAUGGAGAAAAAAGGAAAAAAAGAAGGGGCAGUAGCAGGAGCAGUAGUUCAGAUUCUACAUAUUCUGUCGUAGAGAAACCCUUGGAUAAAUCCUUGACUAAUCAAGCAGGUAAAAAGAAAGUUUCCCCAGAUAAGAUGGUUGAAAUGCAAGCAAAGAUUGAUGAGGAAAGGAAAGCACUUGAGACCAAACUUGAUAUGGAAGAAGAAGAAAGAAAUAAAGCCAGAGCUGAACUAGAAAAAAGGGAGAAAGACCUUCUCAAAGCCCAACAAGAGCAUCAGUCACUUUUGGAAAAAUUAUCUGCACUAGAGAAAAAAGUGAUUGUUGGAGGUGUUGACUUAUUGGCCAAGGCUGAAGAGCAAGAGAAACUUCUGGAGGAAUCUAAUAUGGAACUAGAAGAAAGAAGAAAAAGAGCAGAACAACUUCGAAGAGAGCUUGAAGAAAAAGAGCAAGAACGUCUGGAUAUUGAAGAGAAGUAUACUAGUUUACAGGAAGAAGCUCAGGGAAAGACCAAGAAAUUAAAGAAAGUGUGGACGAUGCUAAUGGCUGCAAAGUCAGAGAUGGCGGAUCUUCAGCAGGAACAUCAGAGGGAAAUUGAAGGUCUUCUAGAAAACAUUAGACAGCUUAGCAGGGAACUUCGACUUCAGAUGCUUAUUAUUGACAAUUUUAUUCCUCAGGAUUAUCAGGAAAUGAUUGAAAAUUAUGUUCACUGGAAUGAAGAUAUUGGAGAAUGGCAGCUAAAAUGUGUUGCCUACACAGGAAAUAAUAUGAGGAAGCAGACUCCAGUACCUGAUAAAAAAGAGAAAGAUCCCUUUGAAGUGGACCUUUCCCAUGUGUAUUUAGCUUAUACUGAGGAAAGCCUGAGACAAUCUUUGAUGAAAUUAGAGAGACCACGCACUUCAAAGGGAAAAUCAAGGCCCAAAACUGGAAGAAGAAAGCGUUCUUCGAAGCCUGAGACUGUGAUUGAUUCUUUGCUUCAGUAAACGUUUACAAAUCUGAAAUCACAAUAAAAUUAGUACAUGUUCUAAUGGUUGGUCUAGCUAUUUAGUUUCCCUGAGAACAUUGAGGAUUUGUCUGUAAUUUGAUACAGCCAAGGCUAUAAAAUAAUGCCUUACUCUGGAGUAAGAAUUAGAAAUUAUCUUUUGUCCAAAUACUAUUGUGCUGUAUAUGUUAAUGUAAUAUAAUGUGUUCAAAUAGCAUAACUAGUAGUUGUUAAAUUGUCAUAAUGUGCACUACUACUAUUUGUUUUGUGCAGGAAAAUUUGAAAGACCAUAGUGCACAGUGACAGUGUUCAAUGCAUACGUAAAGUGACAAGCUAUUUACCCAGUACCUUCAUAGAGAGAAACUGAAUUUUAAGACAUGAAAAAGUUAAAUGUCAUGUCAUGCCUUGCACAUAAAAACUGGCAGCUUCAAGUAUCCUGUGUUGUACUGUUGUGUUUGAAUGUGGUAGCUUUCAUUUAUGAUAUGGCUCUCUUUCACUAUUUGAAUAUUUGCUCAUUGCAAUGGUAGUAUUUGCUGUAGUUAAAGUAUGAAAUGAAGCAGCUCAUCUAAAGAAAACAGAACACAUCUUUAUCAUGUCAACAAAUAAUGUACACUGACAAUGUACUCCUUCCUCCUUUCCAAUCUUCUUGUAUCCCCAUUGUCUUACUGUUAAUUUAAAUUCAAAUGAAACACAUUUUUGUUUGGGCUAAUAAAGAUAGCAAAGCCUGUGGAUUUAUAUUUUCAGUGAAUUGUCGCUAAUUUAAGGGUGCCACAUUUUUUAUAACAAGUACUUAGAGAAAUCCUGAGAUCAAAUAAGUUAAUAAUUUAAAUAGCCAUUGUAUUGCCUAUCCUGAAAUCUAUUUAAUGUAUGGAUAGGUGAAUUGAUGUUUUGAUGGUAUCUAAGUCUAUUUGAUUUUAAUUAUUCUUUACUUUUGGAGUGAAAGAAGAUUCUCGUUCUUCAGAAAACCCUCCACACUUAAUGAAUAAGCAGACUUAGAAAUUAACCAUUGAUAAAAGAAAUCAAUUGAGAGCUUUGCAGAUGCAGUUGGUGUUGCCUUUGAGUUAGAAGCCGAACAAAAACACACCUGGAAGAUGUUUAGAGGAAACUGACUUCCUUCUCAAGCCCAUUCUUUAAACUGGAGACUUUUAUUUCCCUUCUUCAGAUUUCCUGGAUUCGGAAGUGUGGCGCAUAUGUCUUUACCUCUUCUCUCACAGUCAUUUGAGUGAGGUCAUUUCCCUAUUUAAAACUGGUUGGUUUUUAGUUAUGAUUUUACAAAUGUACAAAGUACUUUAUUAGAAACUCAUUCAUUAUUCUCCUCAUGGUAGUCAGCUACUUACAAAAUGGAUCGUUGCUUUUUUUUUUUUGAAACCUGAACUUCACUAAUUAAUUUUUUUGUGUGACUUUUUAAAUUUAAAGAAGUCAUUGUUAGCUAAUGCUAAACCCCAUUGGUUGUAGAUGUCGUAAAUCCUCAAAAAACAGUAUUUGUUGACUUAACAUGAUCUCAAUAAGUAUUUUAGAUAUUCAUUUAUGAUUUAUUUUUGGAAUUAAAGGGGUGAAAAAUUGGUAAGUUACCUCCAAGAAGAAGGAGCACUGAAGUUCCUGAGUGUGAUGAGAAUAAUUUGUGUUCUCUCUUGGUAGUAUGUGAGAAAUUUUAGAAUCUUCAAUACUUCCUCAUUUAGAAUUUAUAGCUAAAAUACUGUGAAGACUUUGAGUUGAAUUAAAUUUACCUGUUUGGGGGCAGUUAGGUGGUGCAGUAGAUAGAGCACCAGCCCUGAAGUCAGGAGGACCUGAAUUCAAAAGUGGACUCAGACCCUUAACACUUCUUCACUGUGUGACCCUGGGCAAAUUGCUUAACCCCAAUUGCCUCAGCAAAAAAAAAAUUUACCUGUUUUUUCAGAAACCUAUCAUGUACUAGAGGCCAAAUGGCACUGAGGAAAGAGUUGAUAGAUCUGUAGUCAGAGGGUGUGGGUUCAAAGCUAGGCCUGAGAUUAAUUACCUUCUGACUUUGAGCAACUGUAAGUUAACUCUCUGAGCCUUGGUUUUUCUCAUCCAUAAAAUGAAGGUGUUGGAUUCAGUAGCCCCUCUGGCCUCUUUCUAGCUUUAAAUCUUUUUUUUUUUUUUUUUUUUUUUAAUAAUAAAUUUUAUUUUAUUUAAUAAUAACUUCGCAUUGACAGAAUCCAUGCCAGGAUAAUUUCUACACGACAUUAUCCCUUGCAAUCACUUAUGUUUCGUUUUUUCCCCUCCCUCCCUCCUCCCCCCCCGGAUAGCAAGCAGUCCUAUAUAUGCUAAACAUGUUGCAGUAUAUCCUAGAUACAAUACAUAUUUGCAGAACCAAACAGUUCUCUUGUUGCACAGGGAGAAUUGGAUUCAGAAGGUAAAAAUAACUCGGGAAGAAAAUCAAAAAUGCAAAUAGUUCACAUUCAUUUCCCAGUAUUCCUUCUUUGGGUGUAUCUAGCUUUAAAUCUAAACUGUUCUGAAUUCUGGGAGUAAUGUCUGCAGAGAAAUCUUUUUUGUCCAAUAGAAGUAUAGUUAAUAUUUUUCUUUUCCUUUUGUGAGUACAUUAUUUUUCAGCCUUUAACUCAAUGAAAAAAUGUGUUUUAAUAAAGGAAGUAUCUUUGAAUAUAAAAGUAUAUAACAUAUAAUAGCUUACAUUUAUAAAGUGCUUUGAUAUUCCUAAGUUACUUUAUAUACAUUUUUAUUUGUCCUUAACAAUCUUUUGAGGUAGGGAGUAUUCAUAUUAUUAUCCCCAUUUUACCGAAGAAAAAUUUGAGAUUCUGAGAGGUAGGUAGUAUUUUGUCUAAAGUCAUACAGAGGCAGGAUUUGAAUCCAAGUCUGUCUGACUCACAGUACAGCACUCUUUUCACUGCACUAGAACAUAGAUUACUUCCCAUGUCGGUUUUUCCCUCAAAAGACAACUCAUAUCUAUGAAAGCAAAAUGGUUAUGCUUUCAAUGAUACAGAAAAAUUGAAGUGUUUAUCCUGGAGUUCCUUAUGUUAAACGAACAUAAUUUUCUUAGUUUCAUAAGGUAUUGACAUUAGAUUUAUUGAGCAGGAAGCUUUGAAGCAAGGGAGGGACUGAGUUUUGGGCCAAUCAGUAGUUAUGGAUAAACUUUACAUAACUAAUAUGCUAAAGUGAAAUAAACUCAUAAGGCUCACGACAUUUAAAAACCAACCCACAGGCUUGAAUUUGUAGUGACUUCAGUGAAAAUUCUAUGAAAGUGCACAACACAUAGACAUUCUUAAAAUGAGUGGAUUAUACAUUAUAUAGAUAAACUUGGUCUUAAAUAGAAAUAAUUAGGCUCUUGAAUGUUUCUUAUGUUUUCCUUUGAUUUAAAAAGUAAUAAGAAUUACUUAUUAAAAGUAGCAUUGACAACAUUGAUGGGGUGAAGGUUAUUUAUAAUUUGUGAUUUCAUAACUUUUUUUAGUAUUAAAAUAUGGUGUCAUUCUUCAUAAUAUACACAAUUCUUCAUUGAAUUAAAUGCUAGUUAACUAACUACUAAGACUUUUCUGAAUAUGCACACAAGAUGAUGUAUAUUUCUCUCAAUUACAUUUGUUAGUUGAAAUGUCUGUGAAAACUUUUUGGGUGGGAGGGAGAAUAAAUUUUAUUUUUUAUUUAAUAAAAAAUUUUGAUACUUUAAAAAUUAGUUUCAAUUAAAGCCCUUAUAGUCUUGAAUGUUUUGUUUUUUCUGUGAUCCAUUUUACCUAUAACACUCAUUUUAAUUUUAGUAUUUGUUAUGCCUUUUUAUUUUGCUUUAUAAUAUGUUUUUAAUAAUUUCUUUCCCCUAAAAUUAUAUCUUAAGGAAUCUUCCUUCCUCCCCCCACUUUCCCUCCAAGACUGGGUUAAGGAAAAAUCUUUUUUCCCAUUAGAACAUAUUGAUGUUUGGUCAAGUUUUAAUGUAUGUUUAUACUUUAAUGUUAUUUAACUAUUCCUGGUUCUAAAGUGCUAGAAAAUCAUCUCCUUUAGUGCCUUUGAUGAAUUUACACUGUAGUCUAAACAUAUAUAAACUUUUAGCAACAAUGCUGUGUAUGAGCCCUAAAUAAACAUUGUACAGUUAGCUUCAUUUGUAUUAUUUCUUUAAUUUUGAAAGUAAUUAUUUGUUUAAUUUUUAUGUAAAAAGUUUAUUUAUGUUGUAAAUACCAGUAUUGUAUGUAUACAUCAUAGCAUGUUCAUCCUGAUGAAUAAAAAUCUUAAGGUUAAUGUGGA